CCCGUUCUCAGAAUAAUCUAUAAUCAAGGGGGGCCUCCUUACUUUUGUACCCAAAUGAAAAAAGCGUUCUCUUUUGGACUCCUCGUCGUUAAGCUUUUGCUUCGCCGCCGCAGCAGCGCCGGUCCGCUCCGCUUCGCCGAUGGGCUACAACCGGUCGAACCGGUCACGGAGCUCCUCAUCCCGCCGGGGGCAUUCUAGUAAUUACCGGGAACUCUCGGGUGAUGAUGUUCCUGGUACAUCACUGCCAACUCAUGAAGAAGAAGAUAAGAAAGAACCCGCGGCUUCAAGAAUUCAGCUUGCAAUGUGGGACUUCGGACAAUGUGAUGUCAAAAGAUGCACUGGACGCAAGCUUUCAAGAUUUGGACUUUUGAAAGAGUUGCGGGUGAGUAGUGGUUUCAAUGGAGUUGUUCUAAGUCCUGUCGGGACACAGUGCGUGUCAAAGGAAGAUCAGCUUUUAAUACAAGGCAAGGGACUGGCUGUGGUCGAUUGCUCAUGGGCACGCUUAAAUGACGUGCCUUUUAAGAAACUUCGCUGUGGUGCCCCACGACUCUUGCCUUGGUUGGUGGCGGCAAACCCUGUGAAUUAUGGUCGGCCAUGUGAAUUAUCUUGCGUCGAAGCACUAUCGGCAGCACUGAUAAUCUGUGGGGAAGAAGAAACAGCAAACCUGCUUCUAGGAAAGUUCAAAUGGGGCCACUCUUUCUUGUCUUUGAACAGAGAAUUACUCAAGGCAUACUCCCAUUGUCAGAGUGGAUCUGAAAUUAUUGCUGUCCAAAACUCCUGGUUAUCUAGUAACUCUAGAAUUCAAAAUUCGCCUCCACCUGCAAAAGCGGCAAGAGUCGAUAAAACACACCCGGACAAGGGAUCUGAUACGGAUUCUGAUGAUGGCUUACCACCUCUUGAGAGGAACUUAAACCAUUUGAGCCUACAAGAUAGUGAAGAAAGUGAAGAAGAAGAAGAAGAAGAAGAAGAAGAAGACGGCAAAAGCAAGUGAAUGGAGAAUAUUCUCUGUGAUUGCCGCAAUCGUAAUUUAGCAUAUCAUAAAUUCAGAGAUUGAUAAGGAAAAUCCGGCUAUUCUAAGGCCUAGUUGAUAUUAGGAUUGACUUAAAAUAGAGCUCACCACACUUCAGUGAUUUGUAUUAUCACAAUUUUGAACUUAUUUAAUACACAUCUUCUGUAAGGUUUUGAUGGUUGUACUGGAAUGUGAUACAAUUUCGGGAAUAGGAUUUGUCUGUAUUUGAAUAAAUUGAAAUAGUUUGGAUUUUAGUACACUUUUGAGUGCUAAAAAUAUUAUUCAUAAGUCACUGUACUGAGUAGGCCAGAAUACUUUGAAUAGUUCCAAGACUUUUGUGUUACCAUGAUGUGGUGUACUUCUAGCUUUGAUUUGAGAUGAACAAGCGAUUUGUGUGGAUUGAUCAA